CACACCAACACGUUAAACUAUAGCAACUUGACGCAACAAAACCUGCAUGAUUAAAGCCUACCAUAACUCUUCCACGACGCCUCCAGCCUAAACCCUCACAAUUGAAGAAACUUCCCCAAAAAACAAAGCUUAUCUUGAUCAAAACUCAACAACCACAGAAUGUCAAUGCAACUACAAAUAUAACCAAUCAAUCACACAAAAUCACUCAAAAACAAGCCUAACAAUGGUGCAUUGGAAUAAAGACUACUUAGACCUCAUAUUAGUCCCAUUAGGUUUGCUCCUCAUGUUCGGAUACCACCUCGUCCUCCUCUACCGCUACCUCCGCUGCCCUCAGACCACCGUCAUCGGCUACGAGAACCACAACAAGAGAGCUUGGGUUAGGAAAAUGUUUCAGAUCAAUAUUGAGGACAGGGGGUUUGCGGUAUCGGUGCUGAGCAGCAACGCGAGUGCAGCGACAUCCCUGGCCUCGAUUUCGUUGGUCCUGACCUCCCUGAUCGGGGCGUGGGUCGGGAGCUCGUCGGUGAAUCUCUUCACGAGUAGGUAUGUCUACGGGAGCAGGAGCCCGGCGCUGGUCUACGUCAAGUACCUGUCGCUGCUCUUCUGCUUCCUGGUGGCGUUCGGGUGCUUUGUGCAGACGGCGAGGUACUUGGUCCACGCGAACUUCCUCAUCAGCAUGCCGGACAACGACAUCCCGGUGGGCUGCGUGGAGAAGGAGGUGAUCAUGGGGAGCAACUUCUGGCUCAUGGGCCUCAGGUCGGUCUACUUUGCCGUUAAUCUGCUGAUGUGGGUGUUCGGCCCCAUACCGAUGUUCGCCUGCUCGGUGGCGAUGGUGGUGGUGCUGGUCUCGCUUGACAUCAACACCACCCCUUUGCAUCACUACAACAAGUGAUGCCAGUCUGUGAAAAUGGGGAGAAGCCUAUUGGUUUAAUUAAUCUAAUGUAAAAGGUUUUACCAGAUUAAUUUAUUUAAUUGGUUGAAUUAUGUUGGAUUA